GAGAAUGAAUUCUUGUUUUAGAUCUCCCUUCCGACCGGUGAGGGCUGUGGAGAGGAGGAACAGGCAGAGCCACGGUGCGCAACGUCAUCAACCCAGACGGGGAGCGCUGUGGCAAUCGCGCAUUGGUCAACGGCGAUUGCCCACGCUGCCCAAUGGGAGCGGGACGGAGCGUACAAAAGGGGGCGUGGCCCGGGGCUCUGUUCCUUCUGGCAAGGUACGGUGAGAGACAGAGAGAGAGAAAGAGAGAAAACAGUGGCAACUCAAACGGAGUACAAAUAAAGAGGGGAAAAGAAAUAAGAAGGACGGUUGGUUGGCCCAGAGGUUCCCUGUUAACCCCCUUGUUUUUAUUUUACUUAUUAGAGCACUAACGGGACGCUCGGGAGCGAGACGGGAGGAGCGAACCCGGAAGUGCUACGCUGGUCCCGCCCUGUUUUACCUCAGGGGAAGGAGGAAGGACGGACGAUUGUUUUGUUUUGUUAUUUUCCGUCCUCGUUGUUUUUGGUUCGUUUUUGUGAAGUUCUUUUUCCUCCCCCCCCCUGUUCCUUUUGCUUUGUGGUUGCCGGGUUACACAUCGUUGUGUAUCCCGGCUCCAUUAUUAUUUCUAUUGUGGCCAAAUAAAGCCGGGCAGCAGUAAAAGUGAAAAUCGAGACUGGUUUCUUUUAUUUCCCUAUCACCCACUCAGCUACCUGUCACACGUGGUGUCCAGAAGUGGGAUGGACCCCGCUGCUUUAUCAGCGAUUUUGGAGGCGUUGGACAGCCGGAGGGAGGCUGAGGAACGGAGGAGGGAGGAGCGGUACACAGCCCUCAUCGAAAGGGUCGGGAUGGGGAUGACGUCGGCGGCAACCGGCCCCGUGAUGGUGGCCCCGAAGGCCCGGGCUCAGAAGAUGACGGCGGAGGAUGACCCCGAAGCCUACCUCGUAGCCUUCGAACGGCUGGCUACCACCGCAGCAUGGCCCCGGGAGUACUGGGCAAGCCAACUUGGCCCCUGCUUGAUGGGAGAAGCGCAAGCAGCAUACCGGGCCAUGACUGAUGAAGACGCCAGCCAGUACGAGUUGGUGAAGCAGGCUAUCCUCCGCCGCCUUAAUAUCACGGGGGAGACCCACCGAGUCCGCUUCCGGGAGUUCCAGCGACCAGCAAACACCCGGCCCAGGGUGGUGGCCCAACGAUUGUGCGACCACAUGGCGCAAUGGCUGAACCCCAGCCAGAAAACUGGGAUCCAGAUGGGGGAAGCCAUUGUAAUGGAACAAUUUUGCCAUGUGGUCGGGGCGGAGACGCAAGCGUGGAUACGCCGGCACAAUCCCACCACUCUGGAACAGGCCGUGGCCCUGGCGGAGAAUUUUGAGGACUCCCUCGUGUCCGCCCGCACCACGUUGCUGGACUGCACCCCUCCCUCCUCUACUAAAGGACCACCACCGAACCUCGCUCCCGGACCACGACCCAGCAAAUCACCAGCCCCGUCGGGUCAUCCAGCCCCCUUACCGUGGAGGCAGAGGUUGGCCCCCAGCUGGGGUAGAAUGGCUCCCCCUGCCCCGCUGACAUACCAACAGCGGGACAGAUACGUACCACCCUCACCCUCUGCCCCUCCAAUCUGUUUCAGGUGCCAGCAGUCGGGACACAUCGCGAGAUACUGCCCGGCCGCUAUGGAAUGCGAUGUGGCUGCGUGUCACCUGGCGUCUGAGACGGAGCACUAACGGGACGCUCGGGAGCGAGACGGGAGGAGCGAACCCGGAAGUGCUACGCUGGUCCCGCCCUGUUUUACCUCAGGGGAAGGAGGAAGGACGGACGAUUGUUUUGUUUUGUUAUUUUCCGUCCUCGUUGUUUUUGGUUCGUUUUUGUGAAGUUCUUUUUCCUCCCCCCCCCUGUUCCUUUUGCUUUGUGGUUGCCGGGUUACACAUCGUUGUGUAUCCCGGCUCCAUUAUUAUUUCUAUUGUGGCCAAAUAAAGCCGGGCAGCAGUAAAAGUGAAAAUCGAGACUGGUUUCUUUUAUUUCCC